CCUUACUUUCCAAAUGUCAGAAUAUUAAAAAACACUUUUGAUUAGAUAUGAUAAAUAAAGCAUUUAGGUAGUCAUAAUUCCCACUUUGCUUAUUUUUACGUAAUGUCAAUCAGCAUAAUGAAGCGCUUUCGUUCUGCCUUGAUACAGCUGCAAGUAUGUGAGGAUAGAUUGAAGAAUUUAGAACGAGCAGCUAGUCUGAUAAAACAAGCCAAAAAUUUAGGUGCCAAGCUUGUUGCGCUACCAGAAUGCUUCAAUUCUCCGUACGGAACAAAAUUCUUUGAAGAAUAUGCAGAAAGCAUAUCAAAUGGACCUACAUGCGACAUGCUUUCCAAAGCUGCUCGAGAAAACGAUAUUGUUUUAGUUGGUGGAACAUUUCCUGAGAGAGAUAAUGGUAAACUUUACAAUACCUGCACGGUGUGGAAUCCGCAAGGGCAGCUUAUUGCAAAAUACAGGAAAAUGCAUUUGUUCGACAUUGAUAUACCUGGAAAGAUGACGUUCAAGGAGUCGGAUGUAUUGCAUCCUGGAAAUGAGUUAGUUACAUUUGAUUUUGAAGGAAUUAAAGUUGGAUUGGGGAUAUGUUAUGAUCUGAGAUUUGAAGAAUUGGCCAAGUUGUACAGAAUUAUGGGCUGCCAUUUGCUAAUCUACCCUGGCGCCUUCAACAUGACGACGGGUCCCAUCCACUGGGAGCUUCUCCAGCGGUCCAGAGCUCUCGACAAUCAGGUGUACGUAUUCGCCAUCAGUCCGGCGAGAAAUGAGACCGGUUACAUUGCCUGGGGCCACUCGCAGAUCACGAGCCCUUGGGGCAAAGUUAUCGCUCAGGCCGAUGCGAAAGAAGAAAUCGUCCACGCUGAUAUUGACUUGAAUGAGUGUGACGAAGUGCGACAGCAGAUACCAAUUUUUGAACAAAGACGUACUGAUAUUUAUGAUACUAUUAUGAAGAAUAGGAUAGGAUAAUGUGAUAUCUUGAAUAUUGAAGUUAUGGAUGUAUUACAGUUAUAGUUUAUAUGAUUUGAGUUUAUAAGAAUAAUUAAAAUAAUAAUACAGCAUUG